AAAACAUCAGCCUUGCUUGAAAGAUUGUAAAGUAAAGAAACAAACAAAAUUUCAACAAAAAUGCCUGGCUCAAUAAGAAAUACUGUUGAUAGGCUGGAUAAACCUAGUGCCUAUUAUCAAGGUAGAGUAAGUUAUUUGAUCUGAUUACUUUUCAACCUCGCGCUGAGCUAGACUAACAAUUCGGUUUAGAAUAAGAAGCGCAGAUAUGAGAGAGACGGAGAGGAUGAGAGAAGAGAACGAACUCCAGAGGAACCAGCAGAUGAUCCUUUGAAGGACGCGACAACACUUUAUGUGGGAAAUUUGUAUGUUGAAUGCAUUCAAUACUUUCAAUCAAUGGCUCAGCUCAGGGCAUAAGCUAAAUAAUUCCGGCUACAGGUCCUUCUACACAACUGAAGAACAGAUUCACGAAUUAUUUGCAAAAUGUGGUGAAAUCAAGAGGUUGAUUAUGGGAUUGGAUAGGUUCAACAAGACACCUUGCGGGUUCUGUUUCGUGGAAUAUUAUACUCACCAAGAUGCACUUGAUUGUAUGAAGUAUAUUGGUGGCACAAAACUCGAUGAACGAAUCAUUAGAACAGAUCUGGAUCCUGGAUUUCAGGAAGGAAGACAAUAUGGACGUGGAAAGUCUGGCGGCCAAGUGCGCGACGAGUACCGUGAAGAAUACGAUGAGGGCAGAGGAGGUCUUGGUAGAGCUAUUCAAGCUGAAAGACAGAAGGAAGAAGAAGAAUACGGGAAAGGUAGAUAGAUUAUUGGAAAGAUGGACGAUUGUACGAUAUUUUGCAGUAAUCGGGAAGGCGUAUAAGGAAGACUGCGGCAAUCCAUUUGAUAUCAGAAUAGUGACUUGCAUCUGCAUAGUAGGGAGAACUCUUAGGAUU